UAUAUUUUUUAAUCUUGUACCGUGGUUCAAGGUCACUAAUUAUACUUGCACAUUAUGCAACGAGGAAUUUAAAUUUUGUGUGAACAAUUAUUAAUGAAAAUGAAUUGGUCAUCAGUACACUCAUCAUAUAUCACAGUUUCCGAUAAUAACCGUUAUGUAACACGCUUACCGGCGUGUUGAAGACGUUCAUUAUAAACUGUAAUUAUAGACUAACCGGUGUUUUGAAUAGUAGUGAAAAUGUUGAGUAGAACCAUUAGAUUAGCCGUUCUUAGCGGUACAGUGGCCACUGCUUAUUCUUUGUACGAUAAUGAUUUCAACAUCGAUUCAGUCAGCAUUGUUCGAUUCGGUCGAGCUGCGACUACAGGUUUACAUGUGAUGUAUCAUUAUAAGACUACUUUGUACGCGCCAUCAGUAGACAAAUCAUUGCCAAAUUAUCAAGAAAUUAGAUCAAAGUCUCAUGAGAAAGCUGCUGAAAUGUUGCUCGAACUAUGUCGCUCAAACAAAGGAGUUUAUAUUAAAAUUGGACAACACAUUGGGGCUUUAGAAAAUUUGUUUCCUAAAGAAUACACUGUCACGUUGAAGGUGUUGCACAGCCAAGCACCCAUUACACCAUUAAAAGAAAUUUACAAAGUGAUCAAAGAAGAUUUGAAACAAGAUGUUGAUCAGAUAUUCAGUGAAAUAGAUCCAAAACCUCUUGGAGCAGCUUCAUUAGCUCAAGUACACAAAGCAAAAUUACGAUCAACAGGAGAGAAUGUUGCUAUUAAAGUGCAACAUUCAUAUGUUCGUGGGGAUGCCAAAAUAGAUAUAGCUAUAAUUGAGGCUUUGGUGAGAAUCGGUUCCUAUAUUUUUCCCGAUUUUAGAUUUCAGUGGCUUGUUACUCAAACCAAACAGAAUAUACCAAAAGAACUAGAUUUUACAAUUGAAGCACAAAACACUGAAACCAUUAGAAAAAUGUUCAAGCAUUUGAAAUGGUUAAAGAUACCAAAGAUAUUUGAUGAGUAUAGUUCUCCUAGAGUCUUAACACUAGAAUUUGUUGAUGGUGGACAGAUCAAUGAUCUUGAGUACAUUAAUCAAAAUAAAUUAAAUGUAAAGGAAAUAUCUGAAAAGUUGGGAUCUUUAUACAGUGAAAUGAUAUUCAAAAAUGGAUUUGUACACAGUGAUCCUCAUCCUGGUAAUUUGUUGGUAAAUAAGGACAAGAAUGGUCAGUUAAAUUUAAUACUUUUAGAUCAUGGACUUUAUGCGACAUUAACUGAUAAUUUUAGACGUACAUAUGCUAAGUUAUGGAUGAGUAUAUUGGAUAAUAACCAUGAUAGAAUGAAAAAAUAUUGCACCAAAUUGGGAGUAGCUGAAAUGUAUGGCUUACUUGUAUGUAUGGUAGCCGGGCGUACAUGGGAUUCAAUUCAAGAUGGUAUUGUUACCAAGAAAUUAACUCCUGCUGAAAAAGAAAAAUUUCAAAGUGGGAUUCCCUUGGUACUGACUGAAACGUUAUAUAUUUUACAAACAGUUAAUCCACAAAUCUUGCUACUGUUGAAAACAAAUGACUUAAUACGUGGUAUUGACACAACGUUAGGAACAUUAUCAAAAUUGACAUCUUUACAUCCAAUGACUGUGAGCUGUAUAAACUCUGUAUACGAUAAACCUUUACGCAAGAGUUCAUUUUGGACAGGGUUGAGUUUACAUUUAAAAAAACAAUGGUCGUUAUUAAAA